AUGCCGCGCGAGGUGAUCACCCUGCAGGUUGGCCAGUGCGGCAACCAGAUCGGCACCGAGUUUUGGAAGCAGCUCUGCGCGGAGCACGGCAUCUCCAAGGAUGGCAUCCUGGAGGAGUACGCCGCCAACGGCAACGCGGGCGAUCGGAAAGACGUUUUCUUCUACCAGGCCGACGACGAGCACUACGUGCCGCGCGCGCUGCUCCUCGACCUGGAACCGCGCGUCAUCAACGCCAUACAAAACUCAGAGUACCGCAACCUGUACAACCAGGAGAAUGUGUACAUCUCCAACAGCGGCGGCGGCGCGGGGAACAACUGGGCGUCGGGAUACGCCCAGGCGGAGAGCGUGCAGGAGGAGAUCAUGGACAUGAUCGACCGGGAGGCGGACGGGUCCGACUCGCUCGAGGGUUUCGUCCUGUGCCACUCCAUCGCGGGAGGCACCGGCUCCGGCAUGGGGUCCUACCUCCUCGAGGCGCUCAACGACAGGUACGGCAAGAAGCUGGUGCAGACGUACUCCGUGUUUCCCAACCAGAACGAGACGUCCGACGUCGUGGUGCAGCCCUACAACUCGCUUCUCACCCUGAAGCGUCUCACGCUCAACGCCGAUAGCGUCGUCGUCCUGGAUAACACCGCGUUGAACCGCAUCGCGGUGGAUCGACUGCACAUCGAGAACCCGACGUUCGCGCAGACCAACGCGUUGGUGUCGACGGUGAUGGCGGCGUCCACGACGACGCUCCGCUACCCGGGCUACAUGAACAACGAUCUCGUGGGUUUGGUCGCGAGCUUGAUCCCCACGCCGCGAUGCCAUUUCCUGAUGACUGGGUACACGCCGUUGACGCUCGAGACGGCGGCGGCGGCUCCGGCGGUGCGCAAGACCACCGUCCUCGACGUCAUGCGCCGGCUCCUGCAGACCAAGAACAUCAUGGUAUCUUCGCACUCGCGCAGCAAGGAUUUCAGCCAGAGCAAGUACAUCUCCAUCCUGAACAUCAUUCAGGGCGACGUGGACCCCACGCAGGUGCACAAGUCCCUGCAGCGCAUACGAGAGCGCAAGCUCGCCAACUUCAUCGAGUGGGCGCCGGCGUCGAUCCAGGUGGCGUUGUCGCGCAAGUCGCCUUACGUGCAGACGGCUCACCGCGUAUCCGGCCUCAUGCUCGCGAACCACACGAGCAUCAGGCAUUUGUUCACCAAGUGUCUCACGCAGUACGACAAGCUCAUGCGUCGCAAGGCGUUCCUCGACCAGUACGAGCAGCACCCCAUGUUCAGCGACGGCUUGGACGAGUUUGACGACGCCAGGGAAAUCGUCGAGGGUUUGGCGGAGGAGUACGCGGCUUGCGAGUCGCCGGAUUACAUCAAGUGGGCGAGCGGAAAGGAGAACGAGCGGAUGCCGGGGGAGGGACUGGUCAACCCGAGGCGGGCAGCCGCCGACUAUUAA